AUGGUUUCGUGGUCUAGUUGGUUAUGGCAUCUGCUUAACACGCAGAACGUCCCCAGUUCGAUCCUGGGCGAAAUCAAAUCUUCUAUUUUUUUGCCUUUUUUACCUUCAUUUUUUGCAUUCAAAAUCUUCGAAUCAUUUUUUGAUUAG